AUGUUUAGAAAUCAAGAACGUCGCCUCACAUUUCCAUCUAUCUAUCUAUCUAUCUAUCUAUCUAUCUAUCUAUCUAUCUAUCUAUCUAUCCUAUCCCUGUUUCUUUCUUUCUUUCUUUCUUUUUUCUUUCAAUCUCAGUCCGUUCAUAUCUAUCUAUCUAUCUAUCUAUCUAUCUCUGUUUCUUUCUUUCUUUCUUUUUUCUUUCAAUCUCAGUCCGUUCAUAUCUAUCUAUCUAUCUAUCUAUCUGUAUUGCAGCUGUCACUGAAGAACAGUUUGAAUGUUGCUGAACACCAAGAAAUCGGAGAGGCUUUAUCUGAAUUAGGCAAAGAAGGCAUUCUUGUCAUUGGAUCCGGUUUUAUGACGCACACAUUUGAGAAGAUGGGUCAACUAACCGAAGACAUCUUCCCAUGGGCGUCUGAAUUCCAAAGGUGGGUACAUGAGGUGUUCUGUGAUCCGCAGCUCACCCCACGGGAACGUAAAGAACGAAUGAGCGACUGUGAAUCUUUGCCAUUCUUCAAGAAGGCCCACCCACGAACCGAACAUUUUAUGCCAUUGAUUAUGGCUUCGGCUGCCGCUGAGUACACACCCGGGAAACCCAUCUUUUCACGUUUCGUUUCGCCAAGUCUACUCAUGGAACACAUUAUUUUUAGGCCGCAUUCCCUUUAA